UUCUCUUCAGCCCAGAGGUUUUGUAUCCAAUGAUUUAAUGGCAGUUUUUGUGCAAUACUUCAAUGAUGAUCACAAGCUUAAUACUGAAAACAUUUAUGAUCGUAACAAAGUUGCUUUCACACCUUUUUUAGUGGAAAAACUCAUGCUUGAUGCUAAGACAUAUAUUCCAGAGUCCAAUGAGCCAGAACUGACAAGGAUCAAUGAACAAAUGGACAUCGCAAAUGCUGAUCUGUUAUUGUUCCCCUUGAUACUCAAUGAACAUUGGAUCCUCAUAUGCAUCAACUACCUUGUCAAGAAAGUCCACUUUUUUGAUCCAGCAAUUCGAGCUUCAAACUCUGAAUCCGUAUUGCCUGCAAAUUCAAUAAAAUUUGCUACAAACAAUGUGGUUAUCAAUUUCCAAAGAACUUGCAAAGUUGCUGAAAUUUUUGACAGAGACUUGCAGAAUUAUGAAUUACAAGUUCCAAGAUGUCCAAAGCACUCCAACUCACCAUUUCAAAAGUUUGAUUCAGGCAUCUUUGCUAUGCUGCUUAUGUACAACUGGAAUGGUUCGGUGAUUAAGAUAUUUGACCACACUGAAGCAACUAAAUUCAGGAAGCUCAUCGCUUACAAGUUGAUGAAUUCAGAUCUUAAUGAAGCUGCAAUAAAGAACAACCAAACCGAAGAUCAGCCUUUAUAUCUUCUAUUCCAUCCCCCUACAGAAAUUUUGCUUUUUGGGAUAGCUGUAGCAAUCAAAAUAUGUGUCAAAACUAAUGUAAUCUGUACCCAAGUUAAACUUGGAUUUUUUUUGAGGGUGGUAUAACAUGGAAAUCAGAGCUCAAGUACAUUGCUACCCCUGCACCCUCUAUGCUGGGCAGUGCUUGGAUGUUCUAGUUUUCGGAAGUUGCUUGUUCAAUGCUAUUUUUUAAAGUUUCUGUUUCUGGAAACUAAACAUUCCGUAUGUAAUCAGUUACUAAUCUAAUUUCUGUUUGUAAUAAUCAUCCGACUUUGGUUGACAAA